CACACUGUCAUAACCACAGGAAGAAGGUUGAUAGUGAAGAGAGCUCAAGAUGUUUUUUCAUUUGUGGGAGGGUGUGCAGCAGUAGUGCAUGAUGAACCAUUUCAACCCUGUCACAGAUAUAGUAGACUCUGAGUACACAGAGCAUUAAGGGUUUACAACUCCAGAGCUGGGCCUUUUCCAAUCAGCAUGAAGACUAUUUUUGUGUUCUACUGUCUUUUACAUGCGACGUGGAAAGUGGGAGCAGACAUUACUGCAGAGGGAUUUGAAAGGGGAGAGGUCUCGUUCAAGUGUUCACACAGCAAUGCACAGUCAAAUAAUAAAUACCUCUGCAAGAACCCCUGCAAAGGCAGAGAUGAUAUCCUGGCUAUUGUAAUGUCUGGUGGGAGAGGGGGGUCAGAGAGGAUAACACUGGAGGACUCUGGGAAUGGGGUCUUGACUGUGACCUUUAGGUGGCUCCAGCUGACAGACUCUGGGACAUACUGGUGUGCAGUGGAAAGAUUUGGUGUUAAUACAUAUAUUGCAGUAUACCUAACUGUAAAAAGAGCUGUCGUCAGUGAGACAACAACCGUCAAACCUGAACCUUUCAACACAUAUCACACUACUUCCAAUUCAACACAACAAACAUCUGGAAUAGACACGAACAUUUCAACAGCCUCUAACUGCACUACUGGAGGAGAACAAAACAGCAGCACAGGCACAGUGCUGUUCUGUACAGUCGGGGGUGUCGUUAUGAUUACCAUCUUGGUCCUGGCUGUGUGGUUGAGGAAACUGAGAAAAGGAUCGAAACAUCAACCACAAGCUUGCUCAAACAGCACAGGCCUCAUCGGUGUACGCAACAGAGAGGAGGACAGCAAACAUGCAAAGAUUGGAGAGGGGAUGCAGUCGACGAAAAUACUCUCCAAGAGUCCCUCGUUUACUCACAAACCAAAACAGGAUCCACCAGAAGUGGAGCUCAUACCAGCCAAGUUUAGUGACCCCUUUCAAAUCUAUGAAAACAUCUGCUGCUCAAAAGGUGCUGCAGAUUCCAGACACGCAACUGCAAACCUGCCAGAGGAGCAAGACAGCGGCUCCAGGAUCUACAUCAACCCUUUGCCACUUCCAAUAUCUGACAAAGCAGUUGAUGGCGCUCUGGGAAAACACAGAAAUAAACCCACAACUAGGACAAACAAACCUCCACAGGGAUGUACAAGCGAAGCCGCCGCGUGUCAUUCCACAUCUUUGUGUGAUUCCACAGAAACGAGGCCCAGAGCUCUUUGGUUUGGUUUGGAUUUAUCAGGAACAGUCUGAGUUGAUUUUUAUUUACAAUUAGGAACCACUGAACUGUACCAACCACUCUUCUUCUUUUCAGUUUCUGAAACAUUUUAUUUAAAUACAUGUGGCUUGUCUGCAGAGGCACUGAAUCUCAUAUUGUGUACGAAAAGGUUUUAAGGACAUGACUGUUAAUGUUGUUUUUUUAUUAAUUCAUUUUGUGAACAUGUAGAAACCUUGUGACAUAGACAACAAUGUAUCAGUGUAGUAUCCAAAGACUAAGAGCAGUAACUCAAGAGACUGAGAGGUUGAGAAAAAGACUUGAAGUUAGCUCAUCUUUAACAAUCAUAGAACCUUAACUGGCUUUUUUGGCUUUGAAGGUUUUUCUUCACUGAAAUAACACCAACAAUACUUCUACAAAUAACAAAGUAUGAUCUUCUUUUCUGGAUUUCUCUCGUACAUUUGACUAAAUUAGCAACUUGAGUAGAUUAACCUCUUAAUCAAAUGCUUUGAAUUAACAGAUGUCGCCCUUGAGCACCAGCAUGAAACCAAAACAACUUGCGCUGCAUUGUUGUGUUAGCAUGCUAAUGCUAGCGAUCUUUAUUUCGCUCGUAUCUUCACACUGCAUGUAAAUUUACUCUAGUCCCUCAAUUAAACAACUUUAUACGCGAGGGGAUGAGCCGGCCGGACGUCCCGACUCGGAAAACUCUGAAAGCAUCACAGACAGUGGGACUCGGGUGUCACACUCAUCGUAGACAGUCAUGAUUGAUGAGUUAUUUUCAGAGGAUAUACUUGAUUUCUAUUAUAUUUAAGUGUGAAAAAUCGCAUAUUAAGCCUUUAAUAUUGUGUCUCCUACAGUGGCCUGAAGGUGCAGAGUCUCAGCAACAGCUGAAACAACAUUCAUUAAGAAAAACGCCCAGCAUAUUCAGAAACCCUACAGAUUCAAAAGCAAAUGAAACAAACAUGCUAAAACAGCAGAAACAACUGCAUUAACAUCAAACCAGUGCAAAUACAGAAACGAUACAAAGUCAGAAAACAACUGUUAAUUCAGCCUCAGUGCUCCAGGCCUGUAGGGGCAAGAGAGGGUACGAAGAAAGAGAGUCCAGACACGGAAGUUAUGUUUAGAUGGGAAAGUUGCAUCAUUGAACGACACAGAAUAAUGUCAAUAUUACAGCAACAAGGAGAUUCAAAACAAGUCCGGCCCUGGAUUUGAAAAUGGGGAUGAGACCGCCGAGCAGGGGUUCUGUUGCUUUUGACUUGUGUCAUUUGCAACAGAUUGUUGUGGCAGUCGAUUCGGCUUUUUUCGCAGGAUGUUUGUUUUAUUUGCAGCACGUGUCAGCCUAUGCUCUGUUUUUGAAGUUUCAAUUGCUUUUGAUUUGCAGUGUUUCUGAAUAUGCUGCAUGCUACAUCGUUCAGCUGUUGCCGAGCAUCUGCACCUACGGGCCACCGUAGUUUUCCCAAACACACAUGAUUAUCUUUGGUGUCUGAAAGUGUCAAGAAGCACAGGAACGUUUCAAUCUGAAUGUAUCAUCUUCUCUCUUACUGUAACACAAACUGGGCAAAUACUUACAAAACAAAUAUUUUCACCUACAGAAAACUGAACUACAUCAGCUCAGGGUCCUUUUUCAAAAAUCUUAAAAUGGUUAAUAUGAAUGAAAUAAAGGUGUACCAAAUCUG